AUGAUGUUAUUAGUGUUCGCAUUGCUAUGGCUGGGCCAUUCACUGCUGCGGCCGGUAGGGGCUAUGCGCUCGGACUAUCUGGCCCAGCUGCGGCAGGAUACGGUGGACAUGUUUUAUCAUGGAUAUAGCAACUACAUGAAGCAUGCGUUUCCUGAAGAUGAGCUUCGCCCAAUAACAUGUACUCCCUUGACACGGGAUCCUCAUAAUCCUGGGCGCAUCAACCUGAACGAUGCCCUUGGUAACUACUCCUUGACUCUGAUAGACAGCCUGUCUACUCUGGCGAUCCUGGCUGGUGGGCCGCAGACGGGAUCAUAUACCGGACCGCAAGCUUUAAGCGACUUUCAAGAUGGAGUGGCCGAAUUUGUACGACAUUUUGGAGAUGGGAGAUCGGGGCCUUCCGGUGCUGGGAUACGUGCUAGGGGCUUCGAUCUAGACAGCAAAGUCCAAGUGUUCGAGACGGUUAUCCGCGGCGUGGGAGGUCUAUUAAGCGCGCAUCUGUUUGCCAUUGGAGAGUUGCCCAUUACUGGAUAUUCACCCAAGCCAGAGGGAGUCGCGGGCGACGACCCUCUAGAGCUGGCCCCUAUUCCAUGGCCUAAUGGGUUCAAGUACGAUGGCCAGCUAUUGAGACUUGCCUUGGACCUUUCUGAAAGAUUGCUCCCUGCAUUCUAUACCUCGACUGGCAUUCCAUAUCCUCGAGUCAAUCUCCGCAGCGGUAUACCCUUCUAUGUCAACUCUCCCCUCCACCAAAACUUGGCAGCAGUUCUGGAGGAGAAGAGUGCCAAUCCAGAGAUCACCGAGACCUGUAGUGCUGGAGCUGGCAGUCUCGUCCUUGAGUUCACUGUCUUGAGUAGGCUCACAGGAGAUCCGAGGUUCGAGCAAUCUGCUAAGCGGGCUUUCUGGGAAGUGUGGCAUCGCAGGAGUGAAAUCGGCCUGAUUGGAAACGGGAUUGAUGCGGAACGAGGGCUAUGGAUCGGGCCGCAUGCAGGCAUCGGCGCAGGCAUGGACAGCUUCUUCGAGUAUGCGCUCAAAAGCCAUAUCCUUCUCUCGGGCCUUGGGAUGCCGAAUGCUUCUACGUCGCACCGACAGAGCACCACUAGCUGGUUAGACCCCAACUCCAUACAUCCCCCUUUACCACCUGAGAUGCAGACAUCCGACGCCUUCCUCCAAGCAUGGCAUCAAGCUCACGCGUCGGUCAAACGGUACCUUUACACAGACCGGAGCCAUUUCCCUUACUACUCAAACAAUAAUCGUGCCACUGGUCAGCCGUAUGCUAUGUGGAUUGAUAGUCUCGGUGCAUUUUAUCCCGGACUUUUGGCCUUGGCAGGUGAAGUUGAAGAGGCUAUCGAAGCGAAUCUCGUCUAUACAGCGCUUUGGACUCGGUACUCUGCGCUGCCGGAACGCUGGUCCGUCCGCGAGGGCAAUGUUGAAGCAGGCAUCGGCUGGUGGCCAGGCAGACCCGAAUUCAUCGAAUCCACAUAUCACAUAUAUCGUGCCACUCGAGACCCCUGGUAUUUGCACGUAGGCGAGAUGGUACUUCGGGAUAUUCGACGUCGAUGUUUCGCAGAAUGUGGCUGGGCUGGGCUCCAAGAUGUCCAGACGGGAGAAAAGCAAGAUCGCAUGGAGAGCUUCUUCUUGGGAGAAACGGCAAAAUAUAUGUAUCUGCUGUUCGAUCCAGACCAUCCACUGAAUAACUUCGAUGCCCCCUAUGUCUUCACAACAGAAGGCCAUCCGCUCAUCAUACCAAAGAGUAAGAGGGGUGCCAAUUGGGAGAGCAGUCGCAGCAUGAAGAAGGGCAAAGACGUUGCAGUCUAUAGCUAUUACGACGAAAGCUUCACAAAUUCUUGCCCUGCACCUCCGCCGCCCCUGACCAAUCAAUUGAGUGGUUCAGCCACUGCUGCUAGGCCAGACUUGUUUUCUGUUUCCCGGUUCACAGACCUGUACCGAACUCCGAAUGUACACGGGCCAAUUGAAUUAAUUGAAAUUAAUGACAGGAAGAAAGGUCGUGUGAUGCGAUAUAGAGCGCUUUCCAACCACACCAUCUUCCCGUGGACUCUACCGCCAACUAUGCUCCCCAAGAACGGCACUUGCGUUGCUCCUCCCGAGCGAAUUAUAUCAUUGAUAGAGUUCCCGGUCAGCGAUCUUACCAGCGGCAUGGGGGCGCACUUUGGCGCACAACUGUCGUGGCAGACCCAUCUGGGACCGACAAUCACCGUGAUAGAAGGACUGCGACUUCAGCUCGAGCAGGUGCUGGACUCGGACACGGGCACUUAUAGGUGGAGGAUUACGCAUAUUGGCAAUACCCAGCUAGGCCGUUAUGAAACAGUAUUCUUCCAUGCCGAACACAUCAGACAUCUAAAGGACGAGGCUUUUUCGUGCAAGAGAAGGAGGGAUUCUGUGGAGAUUGAGCUACUGGUAGACAACCCAGAGCAGAAUAACAAAACGCUCGUGGUUUCCGAGGAUCUCAUUGCAGCUGAGAGCGACGACAUUAUGGACGACACGCUCAACGCCGACUCGCUGGCCCCAGACUCAUUAUUCCAAUCAAUACUCCGCGCUGUGUCUUCUGUCUUCGAGCCAGUUUAUACCGCUUUACCAGAGUCUGGCACAAGCAAGAGCGGCGCCAUGAUAUACAGCUGGGAUGCUUACACUUCCACCGGCCCCGGUUCAUACCCCGUACCGCCCAUAUUGGAUACUCCCAUCACCGGCAACCCGUUCUACAACUACAGGGACCCGGCUUCCAACUUCCCCUGGUCGACCGUCUACCUCGCAGAUCAAGCCUGCGACGGGCCGCUCCCCGCGUCUGCAGCUCGUGAACACCAGGUCAUCGUCAUGUUGCGUGGAGGAUGCUCCUUCAGCCAGAAACUGGACAAUAUCCCUAGCUUCUCCCCUAGCGAGAAAUCCCUCCAACUAGUCAUCGUUCUUGAUGAGCCGUCCGCUAGUCAAAACGGUGGCGGCGACGACGAUGAUGAUGACGACUACGGUAUUGAUCACAGAGGCAAUAUGCCCAGGCCACUAUUGGAUACAGAGCAGGUGACGCCAAAGGGCAUGAAGCGCCUACACGGCAUCCCCAUGGUUCUCAUGGGAGCAUCAAGGGGCGACUACGAACUCUUCAGACAAGCAACGAGAGUUGGUAUGAGAAGAAAGUACCGUGUUGAGAGUCAAGGGUUCAUCGUGGAGAAUGCCGUUGUCUUGUAG